AGUCCAACAGCGAAACAUGGCACCUGUCUAGCACUGCAAGAACUGAAUCGCCGUUUAACAGAAGCAGCCCAUUGGAUACAUCGCACAGUGUUUUCAGUUCAGCGAUGCAGAAAAUCAAGUCAUUGAUGGCCCGUCAGGGUCUGAAGAGUCCCCAGGAGAGUGUGGUUGACAUGAGUCCUGUGGAGAGCUUCAGGACCCCCAGCAAGGAGGAGCUGAGGGAACUGAGAGAACAACCCACUGAUCCACAGGCAGAACAGGAAAUCAUUGAUAGAAUAGAGGAAGUGUACUUUUCCAGUGACUCCUUUGACAUGGUGCAAUACGAGCUUGAGAGACUCCCUCCGGAUUUGAACCUUCUUGAGCUUGAGGAGUACAGAGAUAAGCUGAAGAGACAACAAGCAGCCGUAUCUAAAAGAGUGGCAGACCUCAUUUUGGAGAAACAGCCUUCCUAUGUUAAGGAGCUCGAGAGAGUGACGUCUCUGCAGACCAACUUGCAGCUGGCCGCAGUCAUCUGCACUAAUGCACGAAGGCAGCUUCGUUCUGCUAAAGAAGGCUUCACUGAAGCCAGUCUGGGGCUGUUAGCCAAUCAGAGACGACGACAGCUGUUGACAGGAUUGUUGAAGUCUUUGAGGACCAUAAAGACUCUGCAAAGAACUGAUGUUCGACUGAGUGAAAUGCUGGAGGAGGAGGACUAUCCAGGCGCCAUCCAGCUGUGUUUAGAAUGCCAGAAGGCUGCCAGCACUUUCAAACAUUACAACUGUAUAAGCGAGUUGAAUUCCAAACUGCAAGACACUCUGGAGCAAAUCGAGGAACAGCUAGAUGUGGCGCUGUCCAAAACCUGCAAGCACUUUGAUGUUUCUCACUACACCAAAGUUCAGCUGGCAUACAAACUGCUGGGCAAGACACAGACGGCCAUGGAUCAACUGCACAUGCACUUCACCCAGGCCAUCCACAACACUGUCUUCCAGGUGGUGCUGGGAUACGUAGAGUUGUGCGCCGGAAACGCAGACACCAAGUUCCAGAAGAUGCAGUACAAGGACCUUUGCACGCACAUAACCACAGACAGCUACAUCCCCUGCUUGACCGACCUCUGCAAGGCCUUGUGGGAGGUGAUGCUCAGUUACCAUCUAACCAUGCUGUGGCACGAUGAGCACUACAAAGAAGAAGAGGCGACUCCUGGAGCGGAUGAUUCCAGUGCAGAGGGCUCAGACGAAUCUACCGUGGACCGCAGCUAUGUGAAAAAGAAGCUUGAACAUGGCUUAACGCGGAUCUGGCAGGAUGUCCAAUUGAAAGUGAAAGCCUAUUUGCUGGGAACAGACGUGUCCAACUUCAAGUACGACGACUUCAUUGUGGUUCUGGAUGUUAUCAGCAGGUUGAUGCAGGUGGGAGAGGAAUUCUGCGGCAGCAAGUCUGAGGUGUUGCAAGAGUCCAUUAAGAGACAGAGUGUAAACUACUUUAAGAACUAUCACAGAACCCGCCUCGAGGAGUUGCGAAUGUUUCUUGAAAAUGAAACAUGGGAGUUGUGCCCUGUGAAGUACAACUUCAGUAUUGCCCAGCUUCAGGAGUUCAAUUUCAUGGGUCAGUGUCGUUCUCCUUCAGUAUCUCCCAGCAGGCAGCUGGAAUCCACUGAGCUGGUGGAGCUUUCUCUGUUUGAGCAGUACCUGCAGGGAGGAAAUCCUUUUGAGAUGCAGAUCGACAAUAAGGAAGAGGAGACCGAUGAUGUCCUGGCUUCUAAUGGGUAUGAGUCAGAUGAGCUGGAGAAGAGUGUGUAUCAGGACUACGACAGUGACAGUGAUGUACCUGAGGAGCUGAAACAAGACUAUGUAGAUGAACAGACAGGAGACGCUCCAGUGAAGAGCGUGUCCAGAGAGACACUUCGCAGCCGGAAGAGGUCCGACUACAACUUGAACCGAGCCAAUGCCCCCAUCCUUACCAACACCACCCUCAACGUGAUUCGCCUGGUUGGAAAAUACAUGCAGAUGAUGAACAUUCUGAAGCCCAUCGCCUUUGAUGUCAUCCACUGCGUGUCUCAGCUCUUUGAUUAUUACCUGUAUGCCGUCUACACCUUCUUUGGCCGCAAUGACAUGCACUUCCAAUCUGCAUCUCUGCCUUCACAAGGCUCUCAACCUGGUGCGUCCAGACAGGUGGUCCCUAUCUAUUGGUAUGAAUCAUCUGGGCUGGGUUUGAUCAGCAGCAGACUGAGGACGACGCUGAGCCGAAUCCAGGAGAGCCUAAUUGACGUGGAGGCUGGAGGGGAGAACACAGGUCCUCACGCGUCUCCUGAGGACAGGAGGGAGAAGGUCCCCAGUCCUCAUCUCAGUCAGCUGGUGGUCCUGACGGCUAGUGAUACGCUUUAUGGCUUGGCUGAGAGAGUCGUCGCCACUGAAUCACUAGUUUUUCUGGCAGAGCAGUUUGAGUUCCUUCAUCUUCAUCUCGACACCAUGAUGCCUUCAGCCAAGAAGCCCUUUCUUCAGCAGUUCUACUCACAGACCGUAUCUACAGCCAGCGAGCUCCGCAAACCCAUUUACUGGAUCGUGGCGGCCAAAGCCAUAGAUUACGAACAGAUGCUGUUACUGAUGGCGGGAGUGAAAUGGGACAUUAAAGAGAUAAUGUCACAGCACAACGUCUAUGUGGAUGUCCUUUUAAAGGAGUUUGAGAAGUUUAACCAGAGACUGGGAGAUGUGUCGAAAAUAGUUCGGAUUCCUUUGCCUGUGUCCAAUGUCUUAUGGGAGCACUGCAUCCGUCUGGCCAACAGGACAUUAGUGGAGGGCUAUGCAAAUGUGAAGAAAUGCAGUAAUGAAGGACGUGCGCUGAUGCAGCUGGACUUCCAGCAGUUCCUGAUGAAGCUGGAGAAGCUCACCGACCUCAGACCAAUUCCAGACAAGGAGUUCGUAGAGACCUACAUCAAGGCAUACUACCUUACUGAGAAUGACAUGGAGCAGUUCAUCAAGAACCACAGGGAAUACUCUAUGAAGCAGCUGACUAACCUGGUCAAUGUCUGCCUCGGGUCCCACAUCAACAAGAAGGCACGACAGAAACUCCUCGCAGCUAUCGAUGACAUUGACCGGCCAAAAAGAUAAAUAAAUGUCACCAAACUCCACAGAAAAAACACCCACACCUUCACUGUUUCUUGUCCAGUAUCUAUUAUCACGCACGCCCUGCAUUUUUUAACCAUGUAAACGUUUGAGGUUUCUGUUUUCAUUGUAUUAUGAAUGUAAGCAGGACGUGCUCUGACUACAUAUAAAGCAGUCAUCUGAAGGGCUGUUAAGGAUAAUGAAGGUGUUAUCACUUGAAUCACAACACAAAUGAAUGACUCAUGCGCUAUCAAACAGUAAUUUAAACAUAGCCGUGACUAAGCGACCAUGUUCUGCCAUAUUUCCUUUUUGAGUUAUUUGUGCUAGAUCUGCAUUUUUAAGGGAUACCAGUAUUCCCUCUAACACACUGAGACUCCGUCUCUGACACUGAACACAAAAAGCAUGUGUGUCCCUCGUCUGGUUUUGACAGGUCACUGUCAUUUCGCUACUGUAGCUGUGUGUCACUGGUCUCACCCUGUUACAGAUUCCAGAGACGUAUUGAAGUGUGGUUGUCAUUUGUCAUGAAACACAUUUGUGCAGGUAUGUGAUAACUUAUAUGUUAAUAGUAAUAAUAGAGGAAGACUCUUAAAAAAAAAGUCCUGAAACCUUCCUGUUAGAAAGUGAUAAAACUGUUUAUUUCCGAUACCGUAUGUCUGAAAUGCAGAGAAACUGUAUUUCUCCUGCUGAAACGUGUUGCUUUGUAUGUGGUUACUAAACUUGUAUAAUACUAUUCAGUACCAAGUUGAAGGCAAGGUCGUACAAUAAAUACGCUAGCAUUUUUGUCACGCGAAUGAUAUUUUAUAAUUAGAUUUUUUUUGUGGUAUGAAAACAUAUCACAAUACACCAGUGUAUUCAGUCCACUAGUUGACAUUUGAAUACAUUUUGAUGUUCAAGUGUGCUGAAUCCUUACAUUAAAAAAAAACAUAUUGGCUGAA